AUGGCUGGGCCUUGGUUGAAAUAUCGCGGGCAUUUGGGCAACAUUUCCAACAACCUAUUGAUUGGAGCAAUCAAUGCCGAAAAUCUGAAAGCUAACUUGGUUCAGAAUCAAUUUACCGGGGAAUACGGACCAGUUCCUGCCACGGCAAGAUAUUAUAAAGCCCAGAAAACGCCGUGGGUUGUGAUUGGUGAAGAAAAUUAUGGCGAAGGUUCAUCCAGAGAACAUGCCGCACUUGAAGUAAGACAUCUUGGUGGCGCUGCUAUCAUUGUCAAGAGUUUUGCUCGAAUUCACGAGACCAACUUGAAAAAGCAGGGUGUGCUUCCAUUGACAUUUGCCGAUCCUCGCGAUUACAUGCGCAUCGACCCCAAUGAUCGUAUUUCCAUUCUAGACAUUGAAAGAAAUCUUCAUCCGGACAAUGAUUUAACUGUCGUUGUACACAAGCAGAGUGGAGAAUCUUUUGAAUUUUAUGUAAAACAUACCAUGAAUGAGGGCCAAAUCAGAUGGUUUAAAGCGGGUAGUGCGCUUAAUUUGAUGCGCCAAAAGUGA